ACCCAGGUGCGUACGCGACGGAGCGGGGUGUGAAGAUGGCGGACGAAGAGGCCGAGCAGGAGAGGUUGAGCCGCGGCGGAGGCGGCUGCGUUGCGGAGCUGCAGCGCCUGGGCGAACGGCUUCAGGAGCUGGAGCGUCAGCUGCGGGAGAGCAGGGUACCGGCCGUGGAAGCGGCCACGGAGUACUGUCAGCAGCUGUGCCAGACACUUCUUGAAUAUGCAGAGAAAUGGAAAACUUCAGAUGAUCCCUUACCUUUAUUGGAGGUAUACACAGUGGCUAUCCAAAGUUAUGUUAAAGCACGACCUUAUCUUACCUCUGAAUGUGAAAAUGUAGCAUUGGUUCUGGAACGCUUGGCAUUAAGCUGUGUUGAACUUUUAUUGUGCCUACGGGUUGAGUUAUCAGAUAAACAGUGGGAACAGUUUCAGACACUGGUACAGGUAGCUCAUGAAAAGCUGAUGGAGAAUGGCAGCUGUGAAUUGAAUUUUUUAGCUACUCUAGCUCAAGAGACUGGGGUAUGGAAAAACCCGGUACUGUGCACUAUUCUUUCCCAGGAACCAUUGGAUAAGGAUAAAGUGAAUGAAUUUUUAGCUUUUGAGGGCCCCAUCUUGUUGGAUAUGAGAAUUAAACAUCUAAUCAAAACAAAUCAGUUAAGUCAAGCAACUGCUCUAGCAAAGCUGUGUUCUGACCAUCCAGAGAUUGGUACGAAAGGUAGUUUUAAGCAAACGUACCUUGUCUGUCUUUGUACAUCAUCACCAAAUGAAAAGUUAAUCGAAGAGAUUUCAGAAGUUGAUUGCAAAGAUGCACUAGAAAUGAUAUGUAACUUAGAAUCUGAGGGUGAUGAAAAAAGUGCUCUUGUUUUAUGUGCAGCAUUUUUAUCACGUCAGUUACAACAAGGUGAUAUGUAUUGUGCUUGGGAACUCACUCUCUUUUGGAGUAAAUUACAGCAAAGGGUGGAACCAUCUAUACAGGUGUACCUAGAAAGGUGUCGUCAACUUUCUUUGUUAACAAAGACAGUAUAUCACAUUUUUUUCCUGAUUAAAGUUAUUAAUUCAGAGACUGAAGGGGCUGGACUUGCCACUUGUAUAGAAUUAUGUGUAAAAGCUCUUCGCAUGGAAUCUACAGAAAAUACUGAAGUGAAGAUAUCUAUUUGCAAGACCAUUUCAUGCUUGUUGCCUGAUGAUCUGGAAGUUAAACGUGCCUGUCAACUAAGUGAAUUUCUUAUUGAGCCUACAGUAGAUGCGUAUUAUGCUGUUGAAAUGUUGUAUAACCAGCCAGACCAGAAAUAUGAUGAAGAGAAUCUUCCAAUACCAAAUUCUCUACGAUGUGAGCUCUUACUUGUUUUGAAAACUCAGUGGCCCUUUGAUCCAGAAUUCUGGGAUUGGAAAACCUUAAAACGACAGUGUCUUGCAUUAAUGGGAGAAGAAGCAUCCAUUGUGUCUUCAAUAGAUGAACUAAAUGACAGUGAAGUAUAUGAGAAGGUAGUAGAUUACCAGGAAGAAAUGAAAGAAACUUCUGUAAAUGGACUCUCUGGUGGAGUUGGUGCUAAUUCUGGCCUUAAAGGCGUUGGUGAUGAGAAGCAGAAAAAGAAAGAAAUAAAGCAAUUAAGAGAGCGAGGAUUUAUAUCUGCUAGGUUUAGGAAUUGGCAAGCAUACAUGCAGUAUUGUGUGCUAUGUGACAAAGAAUUUCUUGGUCACAGAAUAGUACGACAUGCUCAGAAACAUUUCAAAGAUGGGAUUUACAGUUGCCCCAUAUGUGCAAAGAACUUUAGUUCUAAAGAAACGUUUGUUCCUCAUGUCACAUUGCAUGUAAAACAAUCUAGUAAAGAGAGACUAGCAGCUAUGAAACCAUUAAGAAGAUUGGGAAGACCUCCUAAGAUUACAACUACCAAUGAGAAUCAGAAGACUAAUAAUGCUGUGACCAAGCAGGAACAGAGACCUAUCAAGAAGAACAGUCUCUAUUCAACAGAUUUCAUAGUAUUUAAUGACAAUGAUGGUUCAGAUGAUGAAAAUGAUGAUAAAGAUAAAUCUUAUGAACCGGAAGUGAUCCCAAUCCAGAAGCCAGUACCUGUUAAUGAAUUUAAUUGCCCUGUAACUUUUUGUAAAAAGGGCUUUAAGUACUUUAAAAAUUUAAUUGCGCAUGUAAAGGGGCAUAAAGAUAAUGAAGAUGCCAAGCGCUUUCUUGAAAUGCAAAGCAAGAAAGUUAUUUGCCAGUACUGUAGGCGGCAUUUUGUAAGUGUUACUCAUCUCAACGAUCACUUACAAAUGCACUGUGGCAGUAAGCCAUAUAUCUGUAUCCAGAUAAAAUGUAAGGCUGGGUUUAACAGUUAUGCAGAGCUCUUAACCCACAGAAAGGAACAUCAAGUGUUUAGAGCAAAAUGUAUGUUUCCUAAAUGUGGCAGAAUUUUUUCAGAAGCUUAUUUACUGUAUGAUCACGAAGCACAGCAUUAUAAUACCUAUACUUGUAGGUUCACAGGUUGUGGUAAAGUUUAUCGUUCUCAGAGUGAACUAGAAAAGCAUCUGGAUGACCACAGUACUCCUCCUGAGAAAGUACUGCCUCCCGAAGACCAAAUGAAUUCAUCCGGAGAGUCUGUUCAGCCUUUCAAAGUGAAUCAGAACACAGAUGGAAAUAAUGAAAAAGAGCGAUCUAUGCUUCCUUCAGAAAAUAAUAUUGAAAGCAGCUUACCAGAAGAUAGAAGUGAUACAUGGGACAAAAGCAAAACAGAAUCAGCUGUGACCUCACAAGACCAGGGUUCUGUCUCUGUGCAGAGGGAACCUGAUGGGCCAUUGUCAAAUGGUUUGGAAACCCCGGCUACCACCCCUCUGCUUCAGGCCAGUGAAGUCGCUGUGUCCAUCAAAGUGUCUCUCAAUCAUGGCGUUGAGGAUAACUUUGGAAAGCUAGAGAACUCAGCUGUGGAAGGCACUGGUGAAUCAUUGGUCACAAACUUAAAUACACCAGUUGAAGAUACUUGUAAUGAUUUGAGUCAUCCAGGUUUCCAAGAAAGAAAAGAACAGGAUUGCUUUAAUAAAACUCAGAAUUCUCUAGUAAAUUCAGAAACUCUCAAAAUAGGUGACCUUAACCCACAGAACUUAGAAAGACAAGUGAACAACCUGAUGACUUUUUCUGUGCAAAAUCAGUCAGGAUUUCAAAACUCUGUACCAACUUCCAAACUUGAAUGUGGAGGUAAUGUUAAAACAUCAUCCGAUCUUUAUACUUUACCUCUUAAGACAUUAGAAAGUAUCACAUUUGUUCCACCAGAGCCCAACCUAAGCAGUUCUUUAGGAACUCCAUCAGUGCCUCCAAAAGCUCCAGUGCAGAAAUUCAGUUGUCAGGUUGAGGGAUGUACUCGAACCUACAAUUCUUCACAGAGUAUUGGCAAACACAUGAAGACAGCACAUCCUGACCAAUAUGCUACAUUUAAAAUGCAGCGCAAAAAUAAAAGAGGUCAGAAAUCUAACAACCUAAAUGCACCAAAUAAUGGAAAAUUUGUUUAUUUUUUGCCAUCGCAAGUGAGCAGCUCUAAUACUCCAUUUUUUGCACCACAGACCAAAGCCAGUGGGAAUCCUACUUGUUCAACCCAGUUGCAGCAUGUCUCACCUUCCAUUUUUUCAGCUCAUUUGACAAACGAGUCAACUCCACUGUUGCCCUCGAUGGAAAGUGUCAUAAAUCCAAAUAUACCUUCUCAGGAUAAAAAUGAACAAAGUGGUAUGCUAUGUUCCCAAAUGGAAAAUGUAUCUGCUACUACCUUGCCAGCACAAAUGGAAGAUCUAACCAAAACAGUUUUGCCCUUAAAUAUUGACAGUGGCUCAGAUCCUUUUCUUCCUUUGCCUGCAGAAAGCAGUUCAAUGUCUCUCUUCCCUUCACCAGCAGAUAGUGGGACUAAUUCUGUUUUUUCCCAACUGGAAAAUAAUUCAAGUCAUUUUUCCUCACAAAUUGAGGGAAACACUAAUCCCUCCUUCCUAAAGGGGAGUAAUGGCGAAAAUGCAGUGUUUCCUUCACAAGUGAAUGUUGCAAAUGACCUUAACAGCACUAGUGCCCAACAGUCUCUACCUGAAAAAGCUAAAAAAGACCGUGGUCGAGGCCCAAAUGGGAAAGAAAGAAAACCCAAGCAAAACAAAAGGGCUAAAUGGCCUGCAAUUAUCAGAGAUGGGAAAUUUAUCUGUAGCAGAUGUUAUAGGGCUUUUACUAAUCCCAGAUCACUGGGGGGACACUUAUCUAAGCGAUCUUACUGUAAGCCACUCGAUAGAGCAGAAAUUGCCCAGGAACUUCUACAGAACAAUGGACCGCCUUCUCUCCUUGCUAGCAUGAUUCUCUCCACAAAUGCAGUCAAUUUGCAGCAGCCACAGCAGUCUACCUUUAGUCCAGAAGCUUGUUUUAAAGAUCCAUCAUUCUUACAGCUUCUUGCUUCUGAAAAUCGAUCAUCAACAUUUUUACCAAAUACAUUUCCUCGUACUGGUGUGAAUAACUUUAAUACCACUGUUAGCCAAGAAGGAAGUGAAAUCAUUAAACAGGCUUUGGAAACUGCUGGCAUUCCCAGUACUUUUGAGGGACCAGAAAUGCUUUCUCAUGUUGUCCAAUCAGGUUGUGUCUCAGAGGCAGGACAAGUAAAUGCAGCAGUGAUGCCAAAUCCAACUGUGCCACCUCUGUUGCAGACUGUGUGCCACCCAAACACCCUGCUGACGAACCAGAAUAGGACACCAAAUUCUAAAACUCCUUCCACUGAUGAAUGCAACAGUUUGCCUGUCUUUCCAGCAAAUGACUUACUACUGAAGACUGUUGAAAAUGGUUUGUGCUCUAGUUCAUUCCCAAAUUCUGGUGAACCAUCACAAAAUUUUACAAAUAACAAUUCACGUGUUUCAGUUAUAAGUGGUCCUCAGAAUGCAAGGUCUAGUAAUUUAAAUAAAAAGGGCAACAGUGCUUCUAAACGAAAAAAGAAAGCCGUUCCUCCACUAAUUGCACCCAAUGCCUCCCAAAACUUGGCAACAAGUGACUUAACAGCAAUGGGACUCAUCACAAAGAGCAUUGAGAUACCAACUACUAACAUUCAGUCAAACGUCAUUUCAAAUUGUGAACUUCAGGGUUUGAUGGAAAAUCUAACACAGAAACUUAAUAAUGUUGACAAUCAGUUAUUUAUGACUGAUGUAAAAGAAAACUUGAAAACCAAUCUUGAAUCCCAUCCAGUGUUAGCGCCUUUAGCAUUAAAAACAGAAAAUGGUGAUUCCCAAGUGAUGACUUUAAACUCAUGUCCGACUUCAGUGAAUUCUGAUUUGCAGAUUUCUGAAGACAAUGUUAUGCAAAACUUUGAAAAGACUCUUGAAAUAAUCAAAACUGCUAUGAAUUCUCAAAUACUUGAGGUCAAAAGUGGACUUCAGAGUGUUGGUGAAACAUCACAGAAUGCACAGAUAAGCUAUAAUAUUCAACUUCCUGCAGUGAACACUGUACAAAAUAACAAAGUACCCGAUGCUUCUGAGUUUUCUUCCUUCAUAGGAGUCAUGCCAACAAAAAAUGAUAUUCCUCAGCCUGAAGUAUUACAUAAGGAGGAUCAAAUACAGGAAAUCUUAGAAGGCUUACAGAAUUUAAAAUUAGAGAAUGACCUCUCUAUUCCAGCAUCCCAGUGUGUACUAAUUAAUACAUCAAUGACACUGGCUCCUACUCCUGUUAAAUCAAGUCCAAAUGCCUCAGAGGUUCAGCCAGUCUCUGAAAUGGUAAAUAACCUUCAGUUUAGUGACAAGGUUAAUAAACCCUUUGUGUGUCAAAACCAAGGCUGUAACUACAGUGCUAUGACAAAAGAUGCACUAUUUAAGCACUAUGGUAAAAUUCAUCAGUACACUCCAGAGAUGAUUCUUGAAAUUAAGAAGAAUCAGUUGAAAUUUGCUCCAUUUAAAUGUGUGGUACCUACAUGUACAAAAACAUUUACAAGAAAUUCUAAUCUCCGGGCACACUGCCAGUUGGUACAUCAUUUUACAACAGAAGAAAUGGUCAAAUUAAAAAUAAAAAGGCCUUAUGGAAGAAAAUCUCAGACUGAAAAUUUGCCAGCCUCACAUAAUCCACAAGUCAAAAAACAAGUAGCUGUGCCUGAGGAAAAUAAAAAGGAACUCCAGCCUGCUUUAGAAUUGGAAGCAAAUAAUGAAAAUGCUCUCAGUAGUGUAGCCGAGAUUCCAGAAAACCAAGUUAUUGAAAAAAAAAGUCCUGAAAAUCCAGAAAGCUCUUCACAAGUGAUUAUAGUUACUUCAGAGCAAAAUAAUACAGAUUCUCUCACAAACGUACAAACCAAAGGACGGAAAAUUAGGAGACAUAAAAAAGAAAAGGAGGAGAAAAAAAGCAAGAAGCCAGUUUCCCAAUGUGUUGAGCUUCCAACACAAUAUAGUCCCUACAGACCGUAUCGUUGUGUUCACCAAGGUUGCUUUGCUGCCUUUACAAUACAGCAAAACUUGAUUCUUCAUUACCAGGCUGUACACAAAUCAGAUCUAUCUGCAUUUUCUGCCGAGAUUGAAGAAGAAAGUGAGGUUGGUAAAGAAAGUGAAGAAAUUGAAAGUAAAUCUGUGAAAGAAUUUCGCUGUCAGGUGAGUGACUGUUCUCGAAUUUUCCAAGCAAUUACUGGCCUAAUACAACACUACAUGAAACUUCAUGAAAUGACCCCUGAGGAAAUUGAAAGUAUGUCUGCUGCUGUGGAUGUUGGGAAGUUUCCAUGUGAUCAGUUAGAGUGUAAAUCUUCAUUUACUACAUAUUUGAACUAUGUUGUACAUCUUGAGGCAGACCAUGGAAUUGGGUUAAGGAUAAAUAAAGCAGAUGAAGAUGGCAUAUACAAGUGUGAUUGUGAAGGUUGUGACCGUAUAUAUGCAACUCGGUCUAAUCUUCUCCGACAUAUUUUUAAUAAGCAUAAUGACAAACAUAAAGCUCAUUUGAUUCGGCCAAGAAGAUUAACACCAGGUCAAGAAAAUAUAUCAAGCAAGGCAAACCAAGAAAAAACAAAGCCUAAACUUCGAGGGACAAAAUACAGCAAAUCUGGCAAAGAUGGAAUUAAAAUGCCUAAGAACAAACGAAAGAAAAAAAAUAAUUUAGAAAACAACACAAAGAUUGUACAGAUUGAAGAAAAUAAGCCUUAUUCUCUGAAACGUGGAAAGCAUGUAUAUUCUAUAAAGGCUAGAAAUGACGCCUUAUCUGAGUGUACCAGCAGAUUUGUAACCCAGUAUCCAUGUAUGAUAAAGGGUUGUACAUCCGUCGUUACUAGUGAAAGCAAUAUAAUUAGACAUUAUAAGUGCCAUAAACUAUCUAAGGCAUUUACAUCACAACACCGCAAUCUUCUUAUUGUCUUCAAAAGGUGUUGCAACUCACAAGUGAAGGAAACAUCUGCUGAGCAAGAAGUUGAUAAAAGUGAUAUAAAAGAUCCUGACACAUGUGUGUCCGAAAGCAAUGAUAAAGUGGAAACAAUUUCCGUUCCACAGAAGGAAGUUGAAAAAAAUGAGAAAGAUGAAAUGGAUGAGCUAACAGAAUUAUUUAUUACAAAACUAAUAAAUGAAGACAACACAAGUGGAGAGGCUCAAGCUAAUAACUCAAGUGUAAGCAAUGAUUUUCAGGAAAGUAACCCCUGCCAGUCAGAAAAACAGAAAGCAAGUAAUCUAAAGAGAGUUAAUAAAGAAAAAAAUGUCUCACAAAACAAAAAGAGGAAAAUUGAAAAAACUGAAGCCUCAUUGGCAAUUGAUGAGUCAAAUAGCCUGCAUAAAGAAGAAGAAACUGCUGUUGCAAUUCAAACCACUGAGGACCAUCCUGCAUCUUUUGACUGGAGCUCAUUUAAACCAAUGGGAUUUGAAGUGUCAUUUCUCAAGUUCCUUGAGGAAUCUGCAGUGAAGCAGAAGAAAAGUACUGACAAAGACCAUCCAAAUAGCGGAACUAAAAAAGGAUCUCACUCAAAUUCAAGAAGAAACACUGACAAGACUGCUGUGACUAGUGGGAAUCAUGUAUGUUCUUGUAAAGAAAGUGAAACAUUUGUACAGUUUGCCAAUCCAUCACAGCUUCAGUGCAGUAAUAAUGUAAAAAUAGUUUUAGACAAGACUCUUAAAGAUUGCACUGAGCUCAUCUUAAAGCAGCUUCAGGAAAUGAAACCUACUGUUAGUCUGAAAAAACUUGAAGUACAUCCAAAAGAUCCAAAUGUGUCUGUUAUGAAAGAAAAUAGCGUAGGUAAAGCCACAGGGAGAGGGCAGUACUGAGAACUAAUGUACUAUAAAUACAUCACUUAUGGUUUUAUUUUAAAUAGGAAACCAUCAAGCAUGCUAGAAUUGUGAAACCUUUUAAUUAUUUUUUGUUGUUAUUAUUGUUGAUGAAUUAACUUGUCCAACAUAAAAAAGAAAAGAAAAAAAAAACCAUGACAUUUGUCAUGUAAAACUUUUUAUUUUUAUCCCUAUGGGACUUGAAAAGAAUCAAUGCUUCAGUUUUGUAAAUAGUCGAGCUAAACCUCGAAUUUCUAUCAACCAAUUACCGUUUCCAUGAACUAAGCUGAAUUUUCUGUGUGAUUGGUAUGUUUCACUGGGUCACUGCUCAUGUAUAACGGUCUUCUUUGUAGAUACAUUUUUUGUAUAUAUUUAUUAUUGUAAAUCAUUUGCUGCCACCAGCGGUCUGUAAGUCUAAACUAUUAAAUGACACAUUUAUAUUUGGAAUUUUAAUUUUUAACUAAGUGAUCAAGUUUUUAACUAAGUGAUCAAGUUUUAUUAUUUUAAAUUAAGAACUUUUUAAACUAAAUCUAGAAACUCUGCCAUUGUCCACUGAUGCAUUUAUUUACGAAACGGUCUCAAGAUUAUUUUUCACAGAGUAGGCACAUAAUUAUAAUAACACCUUGUUCUGCUUUGUAAAUUUACCAUCCAAGAUUUUAGGGUGGUAUUCAUGUAAAAUUAAGGCAGUUUCUUAUACCUACAGGUUUUUUGGAUUUCUUUUUUUCCAUUGCUUCUAAUUAGAUAUAAUUACUAUGGUUCCAUGAAAUAUAAUGGAAAUAUGAAUAAAGAAUUUACUACAUUGGAGAUUUUAAACAUUUGGUAUUAAAAAGAAAAAAACCCUUUGUGAUGUGAUAGAAGCUAGUAGUGUGGAGCAGUGUAAAUAUUUGAGGUGGUGAUUUGUGAAGUAGCCCAGUAUUGCCUUAAAUAAAAUCACAUUUCAUUUCUUGUUUUAUACAUGUGAUCUUAUAAAGGUUUUGUUUUGUUUUGUUUUGUUUUCCAUUUUCUGAAAUUUAUAGAUUGGUGUAUAGCUUUAAACUGUAUAAACUUUUGUGGAAAGAUUUUUUUAAGCAUUUUUAUAAAUCUUAAUAUUGGUAUCAUCAAAGUGAGCCCAUCUUGUGUUUAUAAAAUGCAAGAGUCCUUAACAUUUAUAAUUACAUAGAUAAACACUUUCUAUAAGGAAGUUGGAUGUUUUGAUUUUACUGUUUAUAGAUGUUAGAUUGUACAGAUUUGUCUGUAUUUUCCCACCAUAUCUAAUGAUACUUUUUUCAUUAGAUUGGUCUGCAAGAGCAGUAUUAGUUGUUAUAACUGAUUAUUUUGGUUAUUCAAUAUAUAGUUAGCUCUUAUAAUUUAGCUUUAUCACCAUAUUUAUACUGUGGAUUCCCAGCCCAGAAGUAGAGGGUUACUUCAGGAGGAGAGUAUAUGACCUUCAUUUAAAGUCCAUCCGAUUAAAAUCAGUACUGGAAGCAAAAGAAAACACCUUUCAAGAUCUACUUUUGUUUCUGUUUUCCACAAAUACUGUAGUAGUAUUGAUUUUUACGUUGUGUUUGAUAUAAAAUUUGCAUUCACAAUAUUAUUAGUCUGAGAUAAUGAAGAUAAUGUGAUGAUCUGAAAAUGUGUAUAUUCCCUGUACAACAUCAUAUUUCAGGAAAAAUGAAGCACUUAACAUUAACUGAAAUUGCUGGUACUCUGAAUAAAUAAGCAUGGUCAAGGAGUGAAUUAUUUUCUUUUGGAAAAUAUUUUUUAAUUUCCAUUACUGAAAGUAUUGUAGUUUUAUCUUUAGGGCUUAAUUGGUUAUACCUUCUAAGUGGUUUCACCUUUUUAAGAUAAAACCUGACACAUUACAAUUCCUACCCUAUGGUAAGCCCACUGUUAUUUAUUAAAAUAAAAUUGUUUUGAUGGGUGGUUAA